AUGUUGCCUCUCGGUUGGUUACAUGUUAAUGGUGUUAGUUUGUCAACAGAUAUUCAUCAACAAACAUCACACACAUCUGAUUAUCGAUCGAAACAUGUAACAAGUCCAAUUCUACCAUCAACUCCACCGAUGAUAUCUUCACCGAAUUCAGUUCCUUUUACAACAACAAUGAUCGAUGGACAACAAAAUACUAGACAACAAUAUCACAGAUUAGAAAAUACAGAUCUACCGAAAAGACUUUUUAUUGACAGACAAAUUCAAAAAGUCAAAUCAUUACCAGGAUUAAUUAAAGGUACCGCUUUAUCUCGCCAUACAUCACUUUAUUCGGCACCAAAUGGGAAUCCAAUAGAAUCUGAUCCAUCAACAAAUGAUAAUCAUAAUUAUGCAUUACCUGUUGCUAUGACUGAUAAUGAUAAUGAUUCUUCUCCAUCACGUCAAUAUCAUGAACAAACAAGUGAAACUCGUCGACCACGAGUAUCUUUCUCUGAAUUUAAUAAGGUACAAUUUAUUGAAGAUCAUAAUGAAUGUUCACAACAACAAUCAACACAUCGUCGUCAUCGACAUCGUUCAUCAAAAAAAAAACCUGCUAUUAUUGGUAAUAAUUAUGUUUCACCACCAUCCAUUCAACAUUCUCAAACAUUUCAUACACCUUAUCGACCAUCAUCUCGUCAACAACCAGUAGGACAAGAAUUAAAUAUUAAAAAACAACUACUAUUUCCUUCACCACGUGCACAUUCAUCUCGUAUAACGCACUUACCUGAUAUACUCAAUCAAUCAUUACCAAAUGAAACUUCUAUACAUGAAAAAUAUGUUCUUCAACGUGAAAAAGGUCCACUUCGAUUUCCUGAACCAGCCAUUGAAAUACCUAUAAAUUCUUCUGCUGAAAUGUCUCGUGAAAGUACUCGAGCAGGUGGUAUACGUUCAUCAGCAUUACAAGAUUAUUAUGAUCCAAAUAAUAAAUUUGAGAUUGUUGAUGGUGGUGGUAAUUCAUUUCUUAAUAGUAGUUCAAUGUCUUCUUCAUCACCUAGUCGACAACGUACACUUCGUACAAUAUCACUUCGACAUCAAUUUAAUUCACCUAUUAAAUUAAAAACAACAACUAUUUCAAAUAAUCAACAAAUAAUAACAAAUCCACGUCGAUCAGCUUCACUUAGACAUUUAACUACACGUUUUCAUUCAGUUGAUGAUGAUCAUGACGAAAUACAAAAUAAUGGAUUAUUAUCAACAUUAGAAAAUCGACCAAUGACAGGUUUAAGUUCAUCGAAACAAUCAAAACACAAUUAUAUUAUACAUUUUAAUUCAAGAAAUCCAUCUAAUGGACAUACAGCAAUGGAUUCAAAUGAAAAAACUCGUCAUUUAAUUAAAUCAAAUUCUCAUGAUACAUCACAAGAACGUUUUCAAAAUGUAUUAAAAAUUGUUCGACCACCCUAUAUUGCAAGUAUUAAUAGUUCAAAUCAUGAUUUUAAAUUACAAGCAAAUAUGAAUAAUAAUACAAAUGGAAGUAUUCGUUCAUCACGUACGAAUAGUGGACGUGGAUCACAUGAAUUUCAUAUUGCAUCAAAUACAAUUAUUGUAUGA